AUGCUGUGUACCAACAACAAGUUCAGUGUGGAGAACAUAUCCGCAUAUGUUAUGGAGGAACUAAACUUUCGAUGCAACUCUGAAACAGCUGCAGUGAUUACCAGUAUCGCAUACUCCAUAAUCAUUUUCGUUGGGCUUGUUGGCAAUGUUUGCACAUGCAUCGUAAUUUGGAACAACCAGUGCAUGCAUACGCAGACCAACAUCUACCUUGCAAGCCUCGCGGUCACGGACCUUCUGCUUCUUUUCAUAGGUCUUCCGCUAGAAGUCGUCAAGGCGUAUCAACCCUUCACAUUUGGAGAACUGGUAUGUACUUGGCGUAUGUACCUGGUUCGUUCCAAUAGCGUGGCUUCUAUAUUUUUGAUAAGUGCGCUUACAGUGGAGAGAUGGUUGGCUGUGAAAUUUCCGUUCCGGUACCGCCCAAAUGCUGAAGUUAAGCAGACCAUUCGCAUCGUCGUCGCUUUGUGGUCGGCGUCUUUGAUACUCCCUGUUCCGGUUUUGUGCGCUUAUCAGGUGGAACGCGUCCCUCUUCCUAUAUGGGGAAUCAAUCAGACAUGGACUCGACGUGUCUCAGAUGACGGUGUGACCAUCAAAAAAACAGAGUUCUGUGAUUGGGAUGAUGAUGGGAAAUAUUUUGAAUACCACUGCGUUCUAAUAUCGAAGAUGUAUUGCGAUAUUGCCAAAGAAGUUGGUUCGUCUGACCUACCUGUCUGCUACUAUAAGAGUGAUGUGCGAGCGAAAACAUCAAAAAACGUAUUCAAAAUGCUAGUGUUAGUGGCCGUAUGUUUUUUUGUAACUUGGCUACCAUUUCACGUGCAGAGGUUGCUCUUACUUAUAAUAAAAUACCAUGAAGGAAAGAGUAUACCAAGCAUCAGAUUGCUACACUCCAUUUUCUACAAAUUAUCAGAAUGUUUCUAUGUGAACUGUGCAACGAAUCCAUUUCUCUACAACAUGUUUUCGAGGAGGUUUCGCAAAAACUUUUUAUCUACAAUUAUUGGCUCGCGAUUAGCAAAGAGAAUUCGACCGGAGUAUUACAAAUAGCUUUAUUCAUAUUUUCGAUGCAGUCACAACAAACGCGGAAUCUGAUCGUUAUCGCAUCGUUGUCGUUUACAAUGUUACGUUGUCGUUUACAACGUUAUCGUUGUGAUUUAUAUCAUGGCUGUGUGCAAUUUGAAAAUUUAUCAUGACG